AUGCGAUUCCCAUUGAUAUCUAUAGCUGUGGCGUUUUUUAGUCACAAAACAGAGACAGAUUCUUGUGCUGAUAUAGCGUUAUCAGGAUAUUGGUUACAAGAUCAUCAAAAGCUCAGUAAUUGGCAGGCACCUAAUUGCAUUCUUCAGCAUUAUACGUCCAAAGAUACUUCAAAAUGUUUAACAAAUAAAAAAGUUGUUUUUAUUGGUGAUUCAACGGCCCAGAAAACCUUUUAUGGCUCGAUUAGAGCUAUGAAUAGCACUUUGGGAACCGAAACAACCGAAACAAAUGAAACAAAUGAAAAGUUUUUGUUUAGUGACUCCUCCUUUGAGUUUAUAUUCGAUCCAUUUUUAACUGCUGAUGGAUUGGAUUUUUUUAAAAAUACCCAAAAUAACGAGAAUACUGCUUUUGUUUAUAUUUCCUUCGGUCUUGAAUAUGCACAGAAAUUUCCUGAUAAAUAUCAAAGCGAAUUCCAAAAGGCUGUAAAAGACCUUGCAUCUGUUCUUGAAAAAAAUGAUGUUAAAGUGUUUAUUGCACCUGUAUUUACCCCAUUUUUUGAAAAGCUUUCUGGUAAAAGUAGUGAAGACUUUAGUACUGUGAGACUUGAAACUCUAAAUAAUAUCCUGAUUAAUGCUUUUCCAACAUCUAAUAAUAUUUUAAUUACUCAAGUUUUUAAUUUGUUAGCUGAGGGUCGAGGCGAUUAUUAUGACAAAGAAGGCGUCCAUUAUAUUGACCAGAUUUAUAAUCUUCAGGCUGAUAUUUUGUAUAAUAUGGUUUGUAAUACUAAAGUUUCGACUUCUUAUCCUUUUGCCAAAACUUGCUGUUUAAACUACCCUAAACCAGCUGGAACUUAUCUUUUUGUUUUUUUGCUAACAGUAGCAUUUAUUCCAGUAAUUAUGAUCGGAAACUACUUAUUAAAAGGCUGGGGAUCAAAGGUGUCAAAUGGAAACCCCAAAGCCAAAAUAACUUGGCAAAACGUCCAAGGAGCUUUUAUGAUUUUUUCCCUUUGCUUAGCGUAUGGUUUUUUUUGUGACCGUACACAGAUUUUUUCUAAAGGAAACAAAAAUUUUAAGUGGAGCGAAUUUUCUGGAUUAUGUAUAAUAUCGUUACUUUUUGGUUCCUUUACCUCAAUCAAAAUUGCCAAUCCAAAAAACGCAACAUUUUUAAAUCGAUUUCAAACAGAUGAAUGGAAAGGAUGGAUGCAGAUUGCUAUUUUAAUAUACCACAUUACUGGGGGAUCAAAGGUAUUACCAAUAUAUAAGGCAAUCAGAGUUAUGGUUGCUUCAUAUUUAUUUAUGACAGGUUAUGGCCAUACUGUAUUUUUUACCAAGAAAGCAGAUUUUGGUCUUAAAAGAGUAGUUUCUGUUCUUUGCCGUCUUAAUAUGCUAACUAUUUUUUUGGCUUAUGUUAUGAAUACUGAUUACUUAUUUUACUAUUUUUCUCCAUUAGUAACUUUUUGGUUUGGAAUAGUAUGGUUAACAUACAGAAUCUUUCCCCAAUACAAUAUUGGCCUAAAAUCGUCUUUGAUAAAAGUAACUAUUUCUGGGAUUUUUGUCUAUUUUUUCAUUUCGAUUCCUGGCCCAUUGGAAGCAAUAUUUUGGGUACUGGAGAAAUUGGCCCGUAUUUCAUGGAACUUAAGAGAAUGGAGAUUCAGGGUUAUGCUCGAUAUUUGGGCUGUUCAUGCCGGUAUGAUAACUUCUAUUCUAGUUAAUAAUGACGAACUUCAUGAUUUUCGCAGCAAACUGUUAAAAUUUCGACAUUUGGGCCUAGUAAUUGGAUCAGUUCUUUUGGUUAGUUACUGGGUUUUAAGUGGAAGAUAUGAGGAAAAAACAGAAUACAACAAAGUAAACAAAUACCUUAGUAUUCUUCCUAUCAUCGGGUUUGUUCUUGUUCGUAACACCCCUUCUUUAAUAAACUUUUAUUCUAGAGGAUUUGCUUGGUUUGGAAAAGUUUCCUUAGAAACUUUUAUUCUCCAAUUUCAUAUUUGGAUGGCUGCUGACACCAAAGGGAUUCUAUAUAUGAUUGAUAUGGGGCUGCAUAAUAACAAGUACAAUACUACGAAUUCAUACAUCGAACUAGUCCAUUCGUAUGAGAUUCGCCACUUUGUCAACUUUUUUUUCAUUUCAGUGCCCUUUCUUCUUCUUUCAGAAAGAGUUUCAUAUGCUUCAGGAAUUCUAACUUCAUUUUUUAUCAAUCCUAAAGACGUAUUUGAGUUAGAGUCCAGUGAAAAUUCAAAUACGAUAGCAGAACCUAUUCCAUUGAACAAUUUGGCUGAAGAACGGUUGGAGGAUAAAGAAAGUGUUAUUGGGCUUGAUAACAUACAUGCGACAUCUUAUAGCAAUUCUACAUUUGUCCGUUUACUUCAAAAGCUUUGGGUGGUACUUUCGGCAUUAUUACUAAAUCUUAAGUUUCGUCUUGUUUUUAUACUUUCGAUACUGCUGAUUAUAAACUUACUCUGGUAA